AGAAAAUGAAUUUGUCAGGAAUUCAGUGCAAGUUCCUAAAUGCUUACUUUGUCUGUUAAAAUGCUUUGUUGGCUCUGUUGAGGAAAGUAAAUUACUUGCAUUAUCAUACAACUACUGAGCCUCAAUUGAAGCAAGUUGGGGGCGGCUAGUUGAAUCUUAGUGUUGUCUUGUGUGGAUCCAUCGCUGGCUGUCAAUUUGCCUUUCUUUCUUUGACCCGAGAGUCUAUCGGAAACAACCUCUCUACCUCCCAUAGUAGGGGUAAGUUCCGCGUAUAUGCUACCCUCUCCAGACCCCACGAUGUGGGAUUAUACUAGAUAUAUUGUUGCUUGGGACCAUGAACAAGCUCCCGCAUGCAGAGUCAAUUCAUUCUCUCUACCUCCCAUAGUAGGGGUAAGUUCCGCGUAUACGCUACCCUCUCCAGACCCCACGAUGUGGGAUUAUACUAGAUAUGUUGUUGCUUGGGACCAUGAACAAGCUCCCACAUGCAGAGUCAAUUCAUUCUUAGCAUAUGAUAGCCGGUGAGGAUCCAUCGCUGGCUAUCAUAUGCUUGCUUUUAAUUACAGUAUAAUAUAAUUACCAGAUGUACUGGCGUAAAUUAAGACUGAUUGUUGUUGCAUCCAAGGGUGUGGCUAAGUUAUUAAUGGAGUGGAUUGAUUUUUCCUAUUUGUCCAAGCUUUGGUGAAUAGAUUUAACCGGUACGUGUGUUGGUUAGGUACCCCAUAGAAUUAGUUAAGAUAUGCACAAGCUAAUCAAACACUAUGCUAAUAAAACAUUGUUUGUUGUUUUGCCAUUAUCAUAGAAAUGGAACUGAUCAAAGAACAGGCAAGUCCAAGAAAAUUUCCAAAAUUGGAGUUUUGGUUUAAGCUACUAAACUAUUCCAACCCAAUUUGAAAUUUAAUCAUUUCUCAAAAUGUUCACUUUGAUGUGCUCCCAAUUAUUCAUCAGAAUAUCUUCACAUACACUUGAGUUUCUAACAUUGUGCCCGUAGAAGAGAGAACUGAAAAGAAGUUUCAAUGUCUUGGCAGUACUUUUUCUUCAUGUUAUUGUCCAUUAAUCCAUUAUUAAAGAUCCAUAUCUAUGGAAACACUCAUUUCAUGGUCAAGGUAAUGUAUGGUGUAUUGCUGUUAAUCCAUGGAAGCAUCACAUCCAAGUAAGAUUUAAGUGUAAAAUGUUGUUAUAGGUGCGUAACAAUCAUCCUAUGUAACAUAGUUUAACUAUAACAACCAUAAAAUAUAAAUACCAAAUGUUACUGUAGGUGUUUAACAAUCAAUCAUUAUAACAAACAAACAAAAGGUACGGAUAAACGAGACUAGUAUAUGGAUGGUUGACUGUAUUUUGGUUACCCACUUUCAAUAGCUGGCGAAGGAAAUGGUCAUAUAAAAAGAGUUAUUGUAUUGGGAGGUUAAGCUCUAUGCAACAACAAUGUAAAAGAUCUUAUAUAAUCACGUUACUUAUAAGGUAAUAACAACUCCUUUGUAAGGUAGUUAUAGGUAGAUCUCCAUGUCAAACAUUAAUUAAACGUUGUAAAAUUAGUAACUAACCCGCUAUAGCCGGUUAAAUUAUAAUGAUAAUGCAAAAUUCUUUUUUUACGCUGUCUGUGUAUAUUUGUUAUUGGAGAGAUUCGUCUUCCUUUUUCUAAUAGCAGAGAGCAGGCAUGCCCCUUGCUACUUGUUAUACAAUAGGACUGGAGUUAGUGGUAUAAGUUAUCAGAGAAGUCAUAAUGAAAAGUCAGACUUUAUAAAACUUAUAAUAACGAGUUGACAUUUAAUAUCUGGGCUAUGAAAAGAGAACAUAGUGGCUACCAACAAUUAAAAUAAACAAGCAAACUUAACUUCAGAUUGGACUAAUAUAUCCAUUUUCAACACUUAGAGGCUACCAACUACUCAAAUAAACAAGCUUAAGAACUUUAAAUGGGACUGUUUUAUCCAUUAAGAAAUAGAUAAAAUUAUAUAUACUAACAAUUUAAUAAAGUUACACCUUAUCAAUGUACGUUAACAUGUAGCAGGUUAGUCGCCUUACCUUCCAGGUCACUAAUCCCACUUAUCAUCGACCCUUACAUAGAUUUCGACCUGAUAGUGUAAAUAAAAUGUUGUCAAUAGAAGUUAAGCUCGAAAGAAAUUACCAGGUAGAUUUUUGUCACCGCGAGAUAUAUUGGAAGCGGCUGAUCAUUUGAUAGGGCUGAAUUUUGGGAUGAGUGCACUUGACGAUAUGAAUCAUCUGAAAAAUAAACGUAUUUGUCCUGUAAUCUCCUAGUAUAUGAAAGCGCGAAAAAGUGCUUCAAAGCGUGUAAUUCGAUUUCCUACACUUUCAUUCCAUAGCCAGAAAAUAAAUUGUUGAAAUCAAAAUCAUUUAGGUUGAAAAAGAUUCAACAACGAAUAGAAAGAUCGAUUCUCUGUAACACAACUCAACGGGAUUCCCCUCUUUGUUUGUUUGAUUCGAAUAAGAAGAGCCCAUUGAGUUAUUAAGAAUCAUAAUGAAGAAAAAAAAAAGACUGUCAAAUUAAAAUUUUGCAUUAAUAUAAUAAGGUGGUAGCUUUGGAACUCUUCAAAAGUCAUACACACUUGAGAAAACUUCAACUUUGAAGUUUGUAUUACAGGCAAUCAUGUUCUGUUUUAAUAGUGACAAAAGAUUCCUCAAGUGUACAUUUUGGAAGUAGCUACAAUGCAUAUUACAAACUAUAAAUGCUCCAUGGAGUUCAUAAAUUAUUCAUCAUUUGAACAAAAAGCACAGUAGCUGCUCUUGAGCCAAGAAAAAAGAAAAAGAUGAAUUCCAAGAGCUUCAAUUGUUCUGUGGUCGCGUUUGUUUCCUGCUUGAUUUUAUCUCUUUCAGUCUCGGCCUUGGGUAAACGACCACCCUCCUGUCCGCUAAAAGUAGGUUACUAUUACCACACUUGUCCAAAUGCUGAAGCCAUUGUGAGAAAUGUUGUGUACAAAGCCGUUUCUCGUAACCCAGGCAUAGCUGCUGGCCUUAUCAGGCUACAUUUUCAUGACUGCUUUGUGAGGGGAUGUGAUGCAUCUGUGCUAUUGGAUGGGCCGAAUUCAGAAAAGGAAAGCAUAGCAAACAAAAACAGUUUACGAGGCUUUGAGGUGAUUGAUGCAGCUAAAAAGCAGCUCGAGGCUGCAUGCCCUGGAACAGUGUCGUGUGCAGACAUUCUUGCCUUUGCUGCUCGCGACAGUUCCAACAAAGUCGGGAAAAUAAACUAUGAUGUCCAAGCAGGACGUCGUGAUGGGCGUGUUUCCAUCAAGGACGAGGCCUUGGCCAAUCUUCCCUCUCCGUUUGUCGGUGUCAAGGAACUAAUCAAGAACUUUGCAAGAAAAGGGAUGUCAGCUGAUGAAAUGGUGACCCUCUCUGGUGCACAUUCUAUUGGUAUUGCUCACUGUGCUGUUUUCGCGAGCCGAUUAUACCCUCAAAACAAGCAACAAAAUCUGCCAAUUGAUCCCGAAUACGCAAGGAUGUUAAAGUCCAUUUGUCCACCAGAAGCACUUACAAAUGGAACAGGAGUAGCUAAUCCUGCUAAUCUUGAUGUUCUAACACCAAACAAAUUGGAUAACAGAUACUACAUGGAUUUGAAGAGUAAGAAGGGACUUUUAGUUUCUGAUCAAACAUUGAUGAGUGAUCCUAAAACCGCUAAAAUGGUGAACUUUAACGCAAGGUAUGGUCGCGUGUGGGGUAAGAAAUAUGCGGAGGCUAUGGUGCAUAUGGGUACUUUGGACGUCCUCACGGGGCGGAAGGGUGAGAUCCGGAAAAACUGCCAUUUUGUGAACUAAUUUGUGUCAUCGUGAAUCAGGAGGAACUGCCUUGUUGUUAACAAAUUUCUCCUUUUUUUUCGCCUUUAGAGUAUUGUAAAGCUCUCGGGUAUUAUUUCAGCUUUUCUUGUUAUUGUUAUUAUGAGUUGUAAACAUCCCAUUUAAGUGAGGAUGUUUUAAUCUUUGUUCAAUUGUAACAGAUGA